ACUUUAAUAUCUCUAGACCUCAUCAUCCAAAAUAGCCGACAUCUGGUCAGCCACAAAAUUUUUCUGCGUUGAUUUUUAGCACAAAAUAACUACCAGAGAUGAAAAACUAAUGUCAGACAGCCUGAAAGCCUCCAUGAAAAUCUCAAAGAAUACAGCGUAUUCCUGCAUAAAAUAUUUUGGUGAACUGUGAGAAUCUCCAAGCCUUUGUGUUUUCAGUGACAAGUUAGCCUAAACAUGACAGAGUACAUAGUUUCCUUGGUACUAGAUAAAAUUGCAACCCACCUCAUUGAUGAAGCUGUUGCCUUGUCAAAAGUCAGUACACAAGUUGAAUGGAUCGAAGACGAAUUGAGGCGAAUCCAAUGCUUUCUUAAAGAUGCUGAUGCAAAGCAAGAUGGUGAUGAAAGAAUUAGAAACUGGAUAGCAGACAUUCGGGAUGUUGCUUAUGACAGUGAUGAUGUUAUUGACACCUACAUCCUCAAAAUGGCACAACAGAGAAAAUUCUUGUGUUUUGACUGCCACCCUUUUAUGUUGGGCAGGUUCAUAGCUCGCCACAAGAUCAACAGGCAGAUCAAUAAGGUCAAAACUAAAAUUCAACAUAUCAAUUACAGUAGAGGAACUUAUGGAAUUGAAAAUUUAGGGAGAGGGGGAGAAGUGACAGGUCUUGCAGUUGGUAGGCUUCGGGAGAAGAGACGAUCGUCUCCUCAUGCUUGUGAAGAGGACACUGUUGGUUUGGUGGAAGACAUAAACAUGUUGGAGGCAAGAGUGAUCCAUGGGGAGUCGCGGCGAUCAGUAAUUUCAAUCAUUGGUAUGGCAGGCGUAGAAUAUAGAGUCAAGGAGAUCUUGCAAUAUUUAGGCAAAACAAUAUUGGGGCUUGGAAAAGCAGACUUUGACACAAUGAGUAACGAGGAUUUGAAGGAACUCUUGUCAAAAUUCUUGGAGGAGAGGAGGUAUAUCAUAGUGCUUGAUGAUAUUUGGAAAAUAGAAGUUUGGGAUGAUCUCAAAGCAGCCUUUCCAGAUGCAGAGAAUGGAAGUAGGAUAGUGUUAACGACCCGUUUCAAAGAUGUUGCUUUACAUGCUGAUCCAAGAAGCCCGCCACACGAGCUAUGCCUUCUUAGUGAUGAGGAUAGCUGGAAAUUGUUGUCCAAAAAGGUGUGCCUAGAAUGGAACUCCACAAGAACUUUACCUCCAUGGUCUGAAGAGCUUGGCAGGCAGAUUGUGAAAAAGUGUGGGGGCUUACCUCUUGCUAUUGUAGUAUUGGGAGGUCUCCUGUCCAGAAAAGAAGCAUCCUACAGUGAGUGGCUCAAAGUGUUGCAGAGUGUGCAUUGGCAGCUAACACAAGACCCAACUCUAUGUGCUGACAUCUUAGCAUUAAGCUAUCAUGACUUACCAUACUACUUGACACCAUGUUUUCUCUACUUGGGUCUUUUUCCUGAAGACUUUGAGAUUUCGGCCAGAAGGUUGAUCUUGUUAUGGGUCGCAGAGGGAUUUGUACAGCCAAGAGGCCAAGAACCAUUGGAAGAUGUUGCAGAGGAUUACUUGGAGGAACUAAUAGGAAGGAGUAUGAUUCAGGUUGCAGCUAGGAAAUCAAAUGGAAGAAUUAAAACAUGCAGUAUACAUGACCUUUUAAGGGAAUUUGCAAUAUCAAAAGCUAAGGAGGAUCGAUUUCUUGAAGUCAUUCAUCAGGAUGUCAAAGUUAAGUCCUUCACAAGAGGUCGUCAUCUUUCUGUACACGGCAGAGUUCCCCCUGCAUUAAAAAACACUUCAAAGGUCCGCUCCAUACUGUGCUUUGACCUUAAUGAACCCGUUUUCAGAGAAAUGAAGAAAUUCAAACUCCUGCGAGUUCUUGACUUAGAAGGCAUUCAUAUAGCUAGGCUUGACUCAGCUAUUGGAAAGCUUGUUCAUUUGAGGUAUUUGGGGUUAAGAGGUACAUGGCUAAAAACACUCCCUUCGUCAGUUUGCUAUCUCGUGAAAUUGCAGACUUUAGAUCUGAGAUCAACUUUAGUCAGUCCUAUUCCUGCUGUGGUUAUCAAACUGCAGCAACUAAGACACCUAUUUGUCAAUGAAUUUAGGGAGAUUGUGCCAAGCCCACCACCCUCUAGAACAUUUCUUGCAAAUCUCCAAACUUUACAUGGGUUGUCCAUUAAUGGGACUGAAAGUGUAGAGAAUGUUUUAAACAAGCUAACCAACCUAAGAGAACUAGGAUUGUGCGGAGAACUAGAGUUGCAAGAAAAAGCUUUAGCCAUGUGGAUUUUGAACCUGAAGGGUCUCCAUUGUUUGAAGUUGCACGCAGCAGGAAAUGCAACAGGAUUUCCUGCUGCCAUCCCAAACUUGGACUUCUCAUCUCACACUUAUCUCCACAAGCUGCGAUUAGUUGGACUUAUGAAUAAGACACAAAAGUUUCCACCAAACCUCACCGAGUUGUCCUUACAAAACUCCUUUUUGACUGAAGACCCCAUGGAAAAGCUGGAGAAGCUGCCAAACCUGAGAGUUCUGAAAUUGAAGCAGUCAUCAUAUGUUGGAAAAGAAAUGAUUUGCAGUAGCGGGGGUUUUCCACAACUGCAGAUCUUGAAACUCUCUUUUCUUUCCUCAGUAGAGAUGUGGCGAAUAGCAGAAAAGGCAAUGUGCAGUCUGAGAGAAUUAGAGAUUGUUCAAUGCAAGCGGUUGAAGAUUGUUCCAAGAGGACUAUGGCCAGUAAGUAGUCUUUGCAUUUUAAGAUUGGGAUAUAUGCCUUUUGAUAUUGAAAUGAAGGUUCAAGAACGUCAGGGUGAAAACUGGUAUAGAAUUGAGCAUACACUUCCAUUUUGAGGAAAACAUCUUUGCUAUAGCCUUGAGUCAUAUGUAUCUUAGCUUUACUAAUGUUUUGGUUUUAUCCCCAUGUUAUUGCCUUUUUCUUUUCAUGGCAAGUAAUGUUUUCAAUUACCUUAGAACAAAUAAUUAAACAGGUUGUAGGAAUCAGAUUUCUGGCAGGCAAGGAGAAAUGGGGCCACCAGAGUAAUCUUGAUCUCAUGUUCUCUUGCUCAAAGAACUGCUGCAUUUAUGGA